AUAAAUUUGUGUUAAUAUGUAAAACAGACAAGACUUUAUAAGUUUUUAGUGUCAAAAAAUGGAAGACAGGGAACUAAUGGAAACUACCGAAACUAAACUUAGAAAACACACUAUAGGAAAGACCAAUAUUAUAGCAUCAAUACCAUUUUUUUGGCAAGUACCUAUAAUUCUGAAAGGUUGGAAGCAAGAGCUAACAGAAGAAGAUCUUUGUAUACCACUGAAAGAAUAUGACUCUAAACGAUUAGGAGACAAGUUAGAACGUAUCUGGCAAGACGAAGAAAGGUUUUCUAAAAACCCGUCACUAACCACAGCGCUAUGGAAACUAGUGCGAAAAGAAUUCGUGAUUUAUGGGUUCUUGUUGUUUAUAUUUACAGUAACCUCCGUUACCAUACAGCCAUUCUGCUUAAAGAAAAUUUUAGAUUACCAUACACCCAAUCAAACUGACGUAUCUCUAAGAGAAGCCUACAUAUAUGCUGCAAUUACUGUCGCAACAAUUUUCCUACUUAUGAUUAUAAGUCACUGGACCUUAUUACAACUCACACUUCUAGGGUUAAAGAUCCGAAUAGCUUGUUCUUCACUGAUUUAUCGUAGAGCUUUGAAACUAAAACAAAGUUCUUUAGAGAAAGUGCCGGUAGGUCACGUCAUUAACUUGUUGUCAAAUGAUGUCAACAGAUUUGAGACAAGUGUGACAUUUCUUCCCAGCAUUUGGAUAGUACCUGUUAAUAUAGUAAUAGUAACUGGUUUUCUGGAUUUCACUCUUGGUCAUACAGCCAUUUGUGGAAUCGGUGUCAUGGUUAUUUUUCUAAUGUUUCAAAUGUACUCAAUGAAAAUGCUUUCUUCUGUCAGACGAAACGUUGCUGAGAAAACUGAUUACAGGGUGUGUUUAAUGAAUGAUGUAAUCUGCGGUAUUCAUGCUAUCAAAAUGUAUACUUGGGAGGAACCGUAUCUGGAACUGAUACACAACGUUAGAAAACAAGAAUUGAACAAAGUAGUUACAAGUAACCAGAUUCGAGUUCUAAAUCUUGUUUUUAGAAUAUACAUCUCAAAAUUAUGUGUUUACUUAGCAGUAUUGGUAUCUACAUUGUUGGGAUUACGUUUAACGCCGCAGUACGUGUUCGUGAUGUUUAACAUUUAUGAAACAUUGAAAAUAACUACAACUUCACAGUUCCAACAUGCUGUAGGACAGGUUGCUGAAACAAAGAUUUCGAUUAAACGAAUCGAAUCGUACUUAUUGCACGACCACCAAACUUUUCCUUUAAUCAAAAACACAAAAACGCUCACUCCAAAUAUAGAUCCGAAUCUUAAAUUUAAACAAGAAAAGUAUCAGACCAAAAACGGAGUCUGUCUAAAAAAUGUUAGCAUCAAGUGGAAUUCCAGUUCUCCUAGUUUUAACUUAAAAGAUGUUCAUUUUGAAGCUUUACCCGGAGAGCUAGUUGCUGUAGCUGGUGCUACUGGUAGUGGAAAAUCGACACUACUUUAUUCAAUUUUGAAAGAAGUUGAUGUGCUUAAAGGCAAUAUUGAGGUGGAAGGAACGGUCUCUUAUACAUCACAAGAAGCUUGGAUUUUCUCAGCAAGUAUUAAACAAAAUAUUCUCUUCGGUGAAGAUUUCGACAGACAAAAAUAUCUCAAAGUACUUAACGUCUGUGCUCUUGAACACGACCUAGCCCUUUUUGCGCACGGUGACCAAACACGCGUUGGUGAAAGAGGGGUUAUGUUGAGUGGUGGUCAAAAGGCUAGAAUCAGUUUAGCAAGAGCUGUGUACAGAGAUGCUGAUAUUUAUUUGCUUGAUGAUCCAUUGUCAGCAGUGGAUGCUCAAGUAGCACAUCAUAUUUUUAAUGACUGUAUUUGUGGCUAUCUGAAAACCAAAUGUGUAAUUUUGGUGACGCAUCAGAUACAAUAUUUAAAUCGUGUAGACAAAGUAUAUUUUAUUGAGUCACAAACAAUUUAUAAGUGUAAUGAAGACACGAAUUUUGCAAAUUUUGGAAAAUAUUUUGUUGAUGAAGUUUCAAAGUCGGAAAAAACAACACCUAAAUCCUUGGAGCUACAUCAACUUCAAGUUGAAACUAAAGAGCACCGAAGUUCUGAUACCACGUUAAGAAAAGCCUACAAAGAUUACGUUAGUGCAGGAAAUUUUUUGUUUACUUCUGUUGUGUUUGGUUUUUUCUUGUUAAGUUUAGGGAUAAAUAUUGCAGUUGAUUAUUUUAUCACAUUAUGGGUCGAUUCAGAGCAAGGAGCUACCAACACAAGUUCAAACUGGUUAAAAUUACUCGACAAAAAUUAUUAUUUAUACAUAUAUACGGCUCUAGUGUUGCUUUUAACACUGUCGUCACAUGGUUUUUCUUGCUUGUUCGUAACGUGGUGCAAAUCAAUUUCAAUCAACUUGCAUAACAUUAUGUUACAAAGGAUUGUCAAUGCAACUGUAACAUUCUUCAAUCGGCAUUCUUCUGGUCGAAUUCUUAAUCGUUUCACCAAUGAUGUAGCAACCAUUGACGAUAUUAUUCCAGUGACUUUUAUGACUUUACUAACGAGCCUUAAUGUUAUAUUAAGUGUAAUUUGUCUUAUUAUUUUGUCAAAUUACUGGAUCGUUUUUCCUGUAGUUUUGGUUAUUCUAAUAACGAUAGGUUUUAAAAUGAUAUUUCAGCACACUAGUCGCAGCCUAAAAAGAACAGAGGCAGUAGCUCGAAGUGCAGCACUUACACAUUUGUCGGCAUCUUUACAAGGUUUGCCGAUAAUAAGAGCUUUCGGACUCGAAAGUAAAAUGGUAGAUGAAUUUGAUCAUCACGAAAGCCUCCACAGUUCAGCCUAUUAUUUAUUUACGGCAACAUUCUCCGCAUUUGGCUUCUGGACGGAUCUUGUUUGCUCCUUAUUCAACACUCUAGUAAUUUUUAGUUUCUUCUUUCUAAAAGUUGAUUCUUCUGUGGGUUUCGUUGGGUUGACCAUAACACAGUCUAUGGUGUUAGUACGACUAGUUCAGUAUACUUUAAAAAACUGGGGAGAUCUUGAAGCAAGAAUGGUUGCAGUGGAACGAAUAAAGGAAUAUACAGAAAUAGAAACAGAAAAUAACGAUGGAGUUGUAAAAGUAACCCAAGAGUGGCCAAUGACUGGCAAACUAUCAUUAAUUUCAGUUUCUCUACGAUAUUCUCCCGAUACUCCCUUUGUCUUGAAGAAUAUCUCUUUCGAAAUUAAACACGGAGAAAAAAUUGGAAUUGUUGGCAGAACCGGUGCUGGCAAAACCUCACUCACGUCAGUGCUUUUCCGAUUGUUUCGCUAUGAAGGAGAUGUUUUUAUCGACGGAGUUGACACUAAAACCAUACCUUUAAACGUUCUUCGUUCUGCAAUUACCAUAAUCCCCCAAAACCCGGUUUUAUUUUUGGGUACUGUGCGCAAAAAUAUAGACCCUUUUGACAGUUACACCGAUGACGAAAUUUGGAGUUGUUUGGAAGAAUUAGAACUGAAAGAAAUGGUUUCUAAAUUGCUAAAUGGCUUAGAAAGUCAAAUUUCCGAGAGGGGCACAAAUUUUAGUUUCGGUCAAAAACAGUUGCUGUGUCUUGUUAGAGCCAUGUUGAGAAAUAAUAAAUUAAUCGUGCUGGAUGAAGCUACAGCCAAUGUCGAUUUAAAGACGGACGAACUAAUUCAGUCCGUUAUUAGACGGAAAUUUGGAAAUUGUACCGUGUUGACUAUAGCGCAUCGUAUAAACACGGUCAUAGAUUCUGACAGAAUUUUGGUCCUCGAUGAUGGUGUAAUUGUGGAAUUUGAUCAUCCUUUUCAGCUGUUGCAAAACACGAAAGGCUUUUUUUAUGAAUAUAUUAAACAAUAUGGAAGUGUAGUGGUGUCGGAGUUUAAGGCAAGUGCUGAAGAUAAUUACAGACAACUAAAAGCUGCUUCAACUUUAAUAGAAUGAUGAAGGAUGA